UCUGUUACUUUCCUUUUUGCUAUUCUUCGCCUUUAAUUGUAAUGGCGUCGAAGUCUACGUCCACAUGAUGCCUUGGUUCGAGACCAAAGAAACCAACAAUGGUACUUGGGGCAUCCACUGGACCAUGGACAAUGAGGACCCCGACGUCGUGAUUAACGGUAAACAGGACCUAGCUUCCUUCUACCAUCCUCAAAUAGGUCCUUACGCUUCUGGUGACCCAGACGUAGUCGACUGGCAACUAGGCGUCAUGAAAGCGGCUGGAAUUUCAGGAGUUUUCAUAGACUGGCCAGGUACUGUCGAUUUUGCCGACUAUCGCAAGAACAAACAAAACGCUGAAGCCAUCAUCGAUGGUACCCAACGAACUGGUCUCAAGUUUGCAGUGGUUUAUGAAGACCACAACUUGAAUUUAGCCUUCGUACCCGAUCAGAUUGGCCAAGCGACGGAAGACAUGGCGUACCUGCAAGAGAAUUAUUUCGUCAAAGACAACUAUCUUCACGUUGAUGAGAAACCGCUUCUGAUGGAUUUUGGGCCGCAAGUUCUGUAUGAAAAAAUGUGGGACCAAAUUUUCACACCGAUUGAACCGAAACCGGCGUUUUUGACCCUUUGGAACCAGCAUUUGCAGGGUGGUUCUUAUUGUGAAGGGGAAUACGCUUGGGUGUGGUUGGACUUUUUGGAUGGUUUGACUACAUGGUACGAUCAAGUAGAUGUUCCGAUUAAAAUUGGUACGGCGUACCCAGGCUUCCAACCUUUUUACCAAAUGGGAGGUUGGGGUGGACCUACGUGGACAAUUGAUUAUGGAGAAGAUACAUUUAGACAGAGUUUCGAACUUGCUUUGCAGAAUACGGAAAUGAUCCAAAUUUGCACGUGGAAUGAUUAUGGAGAAGGUACCAUCAUUGAACCUACUGAUGAAUUUGGUACUACUUUCGUGGAUAUAAUACAACAAGCUACAGGGAGCAAAUAUACACAUGGAGAUUUUGAAGAACUCACUAAAAUUUACUUCAUGAGGAAGCAACACGCCGACAAUGCAACAAAACUUGAAGAACUCAGAAAUCAGUACCAUGAACUUAUGCAUAAAUUUGAUUAAAUCUAGAGGUGCUUAACAUCAGUAUUUAACUAGAAUUUAUCUAACACUACAAAAACUUAAAGUCAUUCUUGGCCAAAUAAAUAAAACUUUUCUAUAAUUAGCUUUUAUCAUCACAAGUCAUCGCACCUGAUGUUUAUCACUGUAAAUUUUAUUUUGU